AUGGCUGGCCCCAAGAUGACCAUGGCUCUCGCAAGCCUCCUCCUGUCUGGCGCGUUUGCCAUCACUCCCUACUCGGACUGCCAGUCGACUGUUACUGCUGAGCCUCAGCAGAUUGGCUCCACCACUUCCAACGGCAUCCUCAUGUACUCCAUGAAUUACUGCACUGUCGUCGAGAGUACCCAGUGCCACGUGUCUCUGGCUACCGCUACCACUGCUGUUGCCCCUGAGACUCCUUCUGCCGGCUAUUCUGCUCCUGCCAUCGAGUCGACCAUUGAGGCUGCGUCCGCUACUCAAGUGGUUGAGGCGACAAUUGUUCCCGGCGAGCCUGUCCCAACCACGGUCAUGGCUGAGGUCUCCUCUGGUGCUCCUCAGUCCACCGGUGAGACGGCUGCCACUGUCAUUUCGACCACUGAUAGCCUUGGCAACCCAACUCUCCAGACCAGCUCUAUUCUCGUUGCUACUGAAUCUGCUGUUACCACUAGUGGCACCUUCUUAGCCUCGAGCUCUGCAUCGAGCUCUGCUUCGGGUUCUACCACGGGCAAGCAGCAGACCAACUCGACUGCUACCUCCUCCCACGAUAGCCCCUCUGGCAGCAUGACUGCUCCUUCUGCCCCGGAUCGCACCAGCGCCGGAGCGGCCAUCAAGGCAAUCUCCAGUGUUGCCCUUGGAACCGCGGUCAUGAUCAUGGCUUAUUUCAUCUAA